AGUUUAGCCGUGUGUAUCCGACUGUUAGAUAUAUUCUAUAUGUACUGACGUGUUCUAUAUGUAAUGUUACACACCGUGACGCAAGCAGCUAUUUAUUUGGAUAACGUCACUAGAUAUAUCAUGUAUUGUCUCGUCAUCGCGGUGUUCACUUCGACUUCCGUUACCACCUACCUGUCCUACUUUUAGCUCAAACAAAGCACAGCAACACGAGUGAUGGCGACCCCUGGUGAAAGUGAAGACAAAUUAGUGACGUCAGAGGAGGAGGAACUGGCCAAGAUUUCACCGGAAUGGUCUACUCUGAUAUCACAGCUGGAAUUGUCAAAAGAGGACACGCAUGCGCAGUUAGCUACUAUCAAGAAAGUCUUGCAGACGUUUGAGGAGUAUAAAGAAAAGGAUGACAACAAAUUUCUGUCAACUAUUUUAGAGGAGAAACCCGACACUGCUAAGGGUCACGACGUUCCCGAUGGCGGGGUGGUGGAGGUACAAAUACGACACCCCACCGCCGUGUCCAAGCAGUUCGUUCACGAUCUCGAGGCAUUAUCAUCAAAGGGAGACCCCAAAAGCAAAUAUGACAUCAUUAAAGAGAUAGGAGCCGGUGGUUUCGGCGUGGUGUACACGGCCAAGCCGAGGAACAGCGAGUGCACGGUGGCCAUCAAGGUGAUCAACAUCUACAAACAGGAGAAACACGAGCAGGUGGUGGCCGAGAUCCGGGUCCUGAAGACGUGCAGACACGCCAACCUGGUCAGCUUCGUCGAGUGCUACCUGGUGGACGCCAAGCUGUGGGUCGUGAUGGAGUUUCUGGACGGCGGGCCCCUCACCGAGGUCGUGCGCUACACAGUCAUGAAGGAGAACCAGAUCGCAGCCGUCUGCAGGGAGUGUCUCAAAGGUCUGGAGUACCUGCACGGGAGGAACAUCAUCCACCGCGACAUCAAGAGCGACAACGUCCUCCUGGGACUGAACGGCGCCGUCAAACUCACCGACUUCGGCUACUGCGCACAGUUGAGCAGCGAGCGAGACAAGCGGAGAACUAACGCGGGCACCACCUACUGGGCGGCGCCGGAAAUCGUCCUCAGGAGACCUCACGGUAAAAAGGUUGACGUGUGGAGUCUAGGGAUCACCGCGAUAGAGAUGAUAGACGGCGUGCCGCCCUACUUCCUCGAGAUGCCGCCCUUCAGGGCGUCGUGGAUGAUCGCCUCCAAGGGCCGCCCUGACAUCCCCGUGGAGAAACUCUCCAAGGAGCUCGGCAGCUACCUGUACGCCUCGCUAGAGGUUAACGUGGAGCGGAGGUACGACUGUACACAGCUGUUAGCGCUGGACUUCUUCAAACACUGCGCCGAACUCACCUCGAUACCCCCCCUCAUAGAGGCGGCUAGGGGACAACACAAAAAGGAGACAGCCUUGUAGUGAUGUGUGCUACUUAGAGAAAUAAUUUUAGACCUCUUUUCGCUGAAGAGUUCCUAUAAAUUCGCUUGUAACAUAGUCCAGCAGCCCGCUCAAAAUGAAUCUGCCUUGAUAUUAGUGGUGGUCAUUGUAAUUAUGUGCUUCAGCUUAAAGAUAUAAUGGACAGUGGCUUAGAAAGGUGCCAAACGGUAAGGGGGGGGGGGGGGGGGGGGGGGGGGGGGGGGCUCACUUUUAUAUUUACACACUUUUACACUAUUAUAAAGCAUAUAUAAAGCAAAAUAUCUCAAAACCAUUUGCUUACAUCCACUGAGAUUCCCGGUGGAUGUGUCCAAGAUAGGGGAUGAAUAUGCUAUUUAACGCAGUGAUGUUGAACCUUUAAAUUAAAUUUCAGUUAGUGAAGAGUCCUUACACAUAUGUAUCACAUUCCACAUCUCCCAUUAAGAAGGAUGUUGCCUUGUAGUAAUGUCAUCAUGGUCACAAUUAUAUAUCAGAAUCCAGGGUCAAACCUUGUCUGAAAUAAAGAGUGGGGGUAACAAACAACAAACAAAGUACUGUAAUAUAGGGUGUUCUCCCUGUUGGACAACAGAAAGAACACAGUGAGACUAACAGGACACCGCUUCCUAUGUUUGUAACAACCUCGGCUUUGCUCCCAACUGCUAUAUUCAUCCAUGGAAUCUACCAGUGAAUGCUGUUAUAUAUAGUGGUGAUUGUAAAUCUUAUAUACUGAAUCUGCUAUUUAAAAUAUCGUUUAGAACCUUUAUUUAUUGAACAGUUCCAACAUUCAUACAUCACAUUCCAUACCACAGGUCCUUUACGCUAUCAUACCUGAAUGGCCUGAAUCAAAUGAGAUCCUACUUUCCGUGUAAUCGGAUUCCAGUGUCCGUUUUGACGUCAGCAGGUCUGAGUAAACCAAGCGUCAUGAUUUGUCCAUAUCACCCUUCAUACAACCAAUCAAAGCACUGCUUAUAUAAAAGUGUCUUCAUCUUAAGGCAUUCUGAAUGACUGUUGGAGACGAAGAGAAGGAAAUGGUUUUGGCUGAUGUCAAAUCUAAUGCUGGGGACAAGGUGAAGUUGAAAAUACGAUUUAAUUCAUUGGAUGAAUGUGAUUCUAAAACACAGCGAUGCACCGGAUUAUACCAUUAAACCUUGGGUAUUGUUUGUUUGUGUUGUUAUAGACAUGUGUAUUCAGAAACUGUUUUGUACAUAAACACUAUCAAAUUUCUGAUGUAAUAUAAAAAACGAAAAUUUA